AUGGCCGACCGAGGAUAUUCCACCCUGACCAAGCUCGGCUUGGGCGCCCUGACCUUCAACUCGGCGCUCGCCAUCUACAACUCCUGGGGUGACGCCGGCUCCGUGGCGUUCGUGCUCGGCGCGGACGCAGCGCUCGUGCUGCUCUUCCUCUGCCUCCGUGAGUUUGAGCGGGGCGGCGGCCGGGGCAGCGUGGCCGCGGUGAUCUGGCUCUUGGCCGUCGCCACGGCCGCAGGAGGGUUCUGGGCGUUUUUCCUUAAUUAA